GGGCAGCGCCCCGCUCCGCCGCCGCAGGUGCGGAGGAGCCGGGGCAGACGGCGCCGAGCCCCGGCCGUGCGGCGCGGCUCCUUGGCGGCGCCGUGCAGCAGGCGCCGGGCGGCGUCCCGGGAGCCGCGCGCCCGGCAGGGAUCCCCGCGCAGGGCCGCGCCCCCUCGCUCCCUUUGCGGCUCCGCGGCGGUCCCGCCCUCCCUUCUCGGCGCUGCGCUACCGGCGCAGUCCCGGGCCGGGACAGCUCCGCGGUCGGGCGCGGCGCGUUAGGGCGGGGCGGCGGGACCGGGGCGCAUCACCGCGGGCUGCCGGCCGGGCUGGCAGCGCGGCGGCGCCGGCCCGUGCCGCACUGCGCCCGCCGGCCGCGCGGGGGCGCGCUCGGGCGGCCCCGCGCCGCUGCCGCCGCCCCGGAAGGGCCCGCGCGGGCGCCGCUCGCUCCGCCGGCCAUGGCCGCGCUGGCCCGCACGCUCGGCAUCUUCGGCGCCUUCGUGGCCGUGGUGGGAGCCGCCUUCUACCCCAUUUAUUUCCGGCCGCUGCUGCUGCCGGAGGAGUACAAGAAAGAACAGUCAAUAAACCGAGCUGGUAUUGUUCAAGAGGAUAUUCAACCUGCAGGGUUAAAAGUGUGGUCAGAUCCAUUUGGAAGAAAGUAACUGGCAGCUGGAUGAAUUGCAAAACUGAAGAUGGACGUCUUCAGCUGCUGCUUCUUUCACUGAAGUGUGUUUUUAGGUGUCACUGGAGCAGAAUUCUGAAUAUGCUGUGUGGGCACUUGAGGAGCAACAAAGGCUACUGGUUGGAAUCCCAAGAGAUAAAAACAUGCUAGUUUUGAGAGAGAAUGCUGUUGCAUAGCUCACAGACUGUUAGAAAGCUGGAUGAUUACUGAGUAUAGAAAUGAAAUGUUUAUUUCCUUGAGAAAAGGGAAAAGGAUUUUCUCCUAAUCUGUACACUUGUAAAUUAUGGAUAAUAAAUCACACAGACUGCUACAAUUUCCUCCCUAGUUUGAAAGUUACAACAUGGUGAGUGUAAAUUCGUACAUUAAAAAAUGUAAACCAC